AUGGAUGACAUGUCUGGUAUGGGUGGUAUGGGUGGUAUGGGUGGUAUGGCCACCUCCACCAUGUCAAUGGCAACAGCAACGAUGACCUCGGGCAUGUCGAUGGCGACGUCCACAGGCUCUUCUAUGCACAUGGGUUCGGGCAUGUCCAUGUCGAUGUCGGAUAUGGCAAUGACCUUCUUCACCUCCUUUAAGACUCCGCUCUAUUCGGACGAUUGGACCCCCAGUUCAGAGGGCCACUACGCUGGUACCUGCAUUUUCUUGAUUGUGCUGGCCGUCAUCCUACGAGUAUUGCUCGCAUUACGGCCAAUCUUCGAAGGCCGUCUCUGGACCGAUGGCAUCAAACAUAGCAUGGACGAUCAUAUCAUCGAAGAGCCCAUGAAGCGAACGUCUGGGGUCAGGCAAAGCUUCCAGGAGAUCGGGCGCCGAUGGUCAAGGUGGCGCGUGAAUCCCGCUGCUGGCCGCGCAACGUAUGAAUUGUUCGUAGCGGGUAUCGCCUACUUGCUGUAA